CGUGCGUGCGUGCGAUGCGUGCGAUGCUCUCUUCCAAGGCAACUACUAUCAUAUGAGGAGGUUGCGCUCUGUGCUCGUGGAGCUCGCUGCAAAUGUGAACGGGAGAGCGAAUAAGAGGAGAAAAGCAGAGAGAGAGGGGGCAGAAAAGGAGAGACGGAGAGGUGUUUUGGUAGAAAAGCUCCAUUCUGCCACAUGCUGCAACAACAAGCCUGUCUCAUCAGAAUCCACUGCGCGCUCAAGGGAUGAGAAUAGCCGAAUUGAAUGCAGUGGGGGAAAUAGGUUUAAUAUGUGAAUAAGGAGUUUGAAAGCAGUAUGCGUCCGUAGUGAAGAGGAAUAAAUCGAAAAACAAGCUCUCUGAGUGCUGGACUGAUAUCGCAUGGGGACAUGAACAGUGUGGACACCGCUUCUACCAAACUGUUGACUUUCAACCAACGCUCUGCCUCGGAGGACUUGGGCUGCAGGCGUGGAGACUUCAGCCGAAAACACUAUGGCUCCGUCGAGCUGCUGAUCUCUAGUGAUGCAGACGGAGCCAUACAGAGAGCGGGUCGUUUCCGAGUGGAGAAUGGCUCAUCAGAUGAGACGACGGACUACACCCCGGGAACCUGGAGAAGAACCGAUGUCCAUCUGGAGAACCCGGAGUACCACACCAGAUGGUUCUUCAAAUACUUCCUGGGCAAAGUCCACCAGAACUAUAUUGGUACGGAUGCAGAGAAGAAUCCCUUCUACCUGUCUGUGGUUCUGUCCGACCAGAACAACCAGCGGGUCCCUCAGUACAGAGCCAUCCUCUGGAGGAAGACAGGAACUCUGAAGAUCAGUCUGCCAUACAGCCCCACCAAAACACUAUCAGUCAAAUCCAUCUUAAGUGCGAUGAACCUGGACAGGUUUGAGAAAGGCCCGAGGGAGAUUCUCAACCCAGAGAUACAGAAGGACCUACUGGUGUUGGAGGAGCAAGAGGGUUCUGUCAACUUCAAAUUCGGUGUCCUGUAUGCCAAAGAUGGACAGCUCACAGACGACGAGAUGUUUAGCAACGAGACUGGGAGCCAGAGCUUCGAUAAGUUCCUCAACCUCCUGGGUGACACCAUCUCCCUGCAGGGCUGGGCAGGCUACCGUGGUGGGCUGGAUACCAAGAAUGACACUACAGGAAUGAAUUCCAUCUACACAGUGUACCAGGGCCAUGAGCUGAUGUUCCAUGUCUCCACCAUGCUACCCUACUCCAAGGAGAACAAGCAGCAGGUAGAGAGGAAAAGACACAUUGGGAAUGACAUCGUCACCAUAGUGUUCCAGGAGGGAGAGGACGCGUCUCCGUCAUUUAAACCCUCCAUGAUCCGAUCCCAUUUCACACAUAUUUUUGCAUUAGUUAGAUACAACAGUCAGAAUGACAGUUACAGGUUGAAGAUUUUCUCUGAGGAGAGUGUGCCGCUGUUCGGACCUCCCCUCCCCUCACCACCUGUGUUUACAGACCACCAAGAAUUCAGGGACUUUUUGUUAGUCAAACUAAUCAAUGGAGAGAAGGCCACCCUGGAGACGCCCACAUUUGCCCAGAAGCGCCAGCGGACCCUGGACAUGCUGAUCCGUUCCCUGUACCAAGACCUCAUCCCUGACCUCCACAAGGUUCCCUUCUCUCCCCAGAACAUGCUCAACAGACGCUCGUUUAGUGAUGUGCUGCCGGAGUCGCCCAAGUCUGCCCGCAAGAAGGAAGAGGCACGACAGGCCGAGUUUGUCAGGAUAGGACAGGCACUAAAGCUGAAGACCAUCGUCAGAGGAGACGCCCCAACCAGUCUGGUCACUACAGGCCUGUGUAGAAAAGAGCCGUGGGAGUCCCAGUCUUUCUGCAGUACGUUUCCCUAUGAGACGGUGUGUGCUGACUCCUGGGGUCAGUCUCUGCUGGUCGCCACGGAAGCAGCAGGGGUCAUGAUGAUAGAUGCUGUUGAUCCACUUCUUUCAAACCCAGAUGCCCAGGUCCUGCCCCCAGUGCAGGUGUUUGAUAAGACUAUGGUGGUGAAACAGAUACACGUCGUUGAGCCUCAGGACCUUCUCAUCACCAGGGCUGACAAAGGGAAGGAUGCGCGUCUCUAUGUGUUCAGACUGAGCAUGCUCAAGAGAGGCUUGGAGGAGAGGCAGCUGGUUCGCACCAAGUGUGACAGUCGAGAGAACAAACUGGAAAAGACCAAAGGGUGUCACCUAUACUCCAUCAACACCCACCAUGGGUCAGAGUUGAGGAUCGUGGCGGCCAUCAGGAAUAAGCUCCUCCUCAUCACCAGGAAACAGCCCCGCCUCGACGGCCUAGGCACCCUCGCUGCUGCAACCCACUCGCCCGUGGACCAGUUCCAGUACAUACGGGAGAUCUGUCUGUGUGACCCUCCAGUAGUCAUGGCCCUAGUGGAUGGUCCUACAGGAGAGAACGACAACAUGAUCUGUGUGGCCUACAAACACCAGUUUGACCUGAUCAACGAGAGCACCGGGGAUGCAUACAGGCUGCACCACGUGGACGCCAACCGGGUCAACUUUGUGGCAGCCAUCGAUGUGUACGAGGAUGGGGAGGCUGGUCUUUUGUUGUGUUACAAUUAUAUCUGUUCCUAUAAGAAGGUGUGUCCGUUCAAUGGGUCCACCCCUAUGAUCCAGUCUAAUGCCUCUGACUUACACUUCAGCUGGAACCAGAUGCCGAACGCCAUCGUGUGUGCGUUCCCCUACAUCUUGGCCUUUACUACUGACUCCAUUGAGAUCCGGCUGGUUGUCAACGGUAACCUGGUCUACACAGCUGUCGUGCCAGAGCUCCAGCUGACUGCCUCCAGGUCAGACAUCUACUUUGUGUCGUCCGCUCCGGUCAACUCUGCCUCCAACUGCAGCUCCCGGGACACCAGUUCCCAGAGUUCCCCACAGACGCCCACCGGCUAUGAGAUGCCCGUGUUCCCAUUGCCGCUCGGAGACGAUUCUAUACGGAUCCCCUAUGGUACCAAGCUCUCCCUGUACAUGUCUAAGGAUGCCGAAGGUGAGACACAGUGUAAGCAUAUCUUCAAGAUCCCACUGAGUAACCUAGUGGGCCGCAGCAUCGAGAGGCCCCUCAAGUCCCCGCUGGUCAACAAGGUGGUGACGGGCCUGACAGCCCCCGCGGGGGCCCUCAUGCAGGGGUCCUCACACACCCUGUCUCUGUCCCGCAUGGAGAUCAAAGAAAUCGCCAGUCGCACCCGUAAGGAGCUUCUGGGCUUGACCGAGGAGCCGAGCAGUAAGACAGACAGCAGCAUGGGCAAACAGAGGAAGAUGAGCAAGAAGACCACUGAGGAAGAGAUAAAGGCACGAACAUUGACCUCCACCAGCAGCGACAGAGUGGGCUCGGAGUCGGCCGACACGGACUCGGACAUCCAACGGCACUGCUCGUUCAGCUCGGAGGCGGAUCCAGAGAAAGUGGUGCUUAGAGAGGAGAGCCCGCCAUUGGCCAGCCCCUUCACCCUCCCCACCUCUUUCGAAGAAGACAUCCUGGACCUAAAGUGAAGACAAUCCCAUCAUGCACUUAUUUUCUGCCCUCCUCCUUUCCUCCUCAUCCACCUCUUCUCUCCUCCUCCUUUCCUCCUCAUCCCUCUUCUCUCCUCCUCCUUUCCUCCUCAUCCCUCUUCUCUCCUCUUCCUUUCCUCCUCAUCCCCCUCUUAACUCCUCCUCCUUUCCUCCUCAUCCCCCUCUUCUCUGCUCCUCCGUUCCUCCUCAUCCACGCCUUCUCUCAUCCUUUCGGUCAUUUUAUUUGUAGUUUGUUGAUUUCUGUUUAGUUUUUAUCUCUGUGGUCUGGGUCUUCAUCCUCAAACGUGGUGUGUAGAAGAGGAAUGCGUGUGUGUGUUGCACCGCAGCGAGUAACCCAAAGAAAACGAGGAGGUCAUUUGAGGUGGUGUGGUUAGUUCAGAGUUCAGAGGUCAUUAUACGGCGAAGGUUUCAUCAAUAAACCAAAACUGAAUGUAAAUCCACGCACAAGGCACGAAGAAGAAUCUGUGUUGGAACCGACGCCCCGGUGAAGUUCCUUUGGCUUACCAUUUGUUGCAUAUUAUAUGAUUAUUUCCUAUUCCACUUUCAACUGUAGUAUAAUAUAUGUAUGUAUACAUCUAUUUAUACAUUAAGAUGCAUACACACUGACAUGUAUGCCUUUAUAGAUAUAUUAUAAUACACAUUUUAUUCACAUAUUUAGUAAAUGUAAGAUGUUUUAUGCUCUCCAUGUCUGUCAGUCUUGUUCUGUUUCCUUUCCAACUCACAGUAUGCAGGUAGACAGGGCUGGACUGGAGGCAGAGUCUCCCACAAGUGCCAAUUCGCCACAUCCUACACCAAAACCACAACUCCCAUCAGCCACCUCUCCUCUGAUUGGCUGGUCUCUGACAGUAGCGGUCUUAGUCAUGUAUCCCUCUGUAGAUACCAUCUUACAGUGAGUCUGUGAGCUAGGUUCAAUCAUCAUAGAGUCACACACACACACACCCCCCUCUAGGGUUUCUAAAAGCACCUGCAUGCCAUGCCUUUGCUACUACUGUCCUGUUUCUGGUUAUCCCUGAGAAUCCCUCAGUCCAGGUACUCACAGAAUGAAAACGCAUAUAGUCUUUUAUACACAGACUACAACCUUCCCUGACAGUAAGCUUACUUACUUAGCCUAUAAGUGGCCCAACAUUGUCAUAGCCAGCGGGCAGUUAGCUCAUCGGCUUUCUAGUGGGUUCGGCUGCAGUAUCUGACACAAUCCACCGGGCACACACUGGCUGAAUCAACAUUGUUCCAACGUCAUUUCAAUGAAAUAACAUUGAACCAGCAUUGAAUAGACGUUGAAUUGACGUCUGUGUCCAGUGGACAUGGUCUGUCUGGUGUUAGGCCGCUAUUGUCUACGUGGGACCUCUAUCAGCUUAAUUCUCUUGUUAGUCGGGUUGGAGAAUUGAUCAAGUAGCCAACUACUUUAUUUUAGGAGUGAUGGCUUGAGGUAAUGUAGUCGGUCAUAGGUUGCGUCCAAACUUUUAACCAGGGCCCAUAGAGGGCUAAUCAAAAGUAGGUCAUUAUAUAGGGAAUAGGGUGGCUUUUAGGACAUAGACAUAGUGGAUGAGAGUCCAUUUAGAUGGUAGAUUGGUUAGGGUUAGAUGGUAGAUGGGUUAGGUUUAGAUGAUAGGAGGGUUAGAUGGUAGAUGGGUUAGGGUUAGAUGAUAGGAGGGUUAGAUGGUAGAUGUGUUAGGUGGUAGGAGGUUUAGGGUUAGAUGGUAGGAGGGUUAGAUGGUAGAUGGGUUAGGGUUAGAUUAUAUGAGGGUUAGAUGAUAGAUGGGUUAGGUGGUAGGAGGGUUAGGGUUAGAUGGGUUAGGGUUAGAUGAGAGAUGGGUUUUGGUUAGAUGGUAGGAGGGUUAGAUGGUAGGAGGGUUAGAUGGUAGGAGGGUUAGGGUUAGAUGGUAUAUGGGUUAUGGUUAGAUGGUAGUAGGGUUAGAUGGUAGGAUGGGUUAGAUGGUAGGAGGGUUAGGGUUAGAUGGGUUAUGGUUAGAUGGUAGAUGGUUAGAUGGUAGGAGGGUUAGAUGGUAGGAGGGUUAGAUGGUAGAUGGUUAGAUGGUAGGAGGGUUAGAUGGUAGAUGGUCUAGAUGGUCGAUGGGUUAUGGUUAGAUGGUAGGAGGGUUAGAUGGUAGAUGGGUUAUGGUUAGAUGGUAGGAGGGUUAGAUGGUAGAUGGGUUAUGGUUAGAUGGUAGGAGGGUUAGAUGGUAGGAGGGCUAGAUGGUAGAUGGGUUAUGGUUAGAUGGUAUGAGGGUUAGAUGGUAAAUGGUAGGAGGGUUAGAUGGUAGGAGGGCUAGAUGGUAGAUGGGUUAGAUGGUCGAUGGGUUAUGGUUAGAUGGUUGGAGGGUUAGAUGGUAGGAGGGCUAGAUGGUAUAUGGGUUAUGGUUAGAUGGUAGGAGGGUUAGAUGGUGAAUGGUAGGUACUGUAGCCUAACUCAGAGUCCCUAUAGGAACUAUUUGGAAGACAGAACUUCCUCUCCUCUCCAACUCUUCACUAGGAGCAAGGCAUAACUCCCCAAGUGCAAUGGGACAUUACUGAACACAGGAGUUGUGAUGCGUGUAAAGAGAGAGUGAGAGAGAGACUGAAACAGCACAGAGGAAGCCAUAACACACCUCUGAUAAGAUAGAUAAGUAACCAAUCCCAAUGAGUAGAGUGAUAUCAGCACGCGGGUCGGGUCAAACAUGACUCAAUACCGGGGCAUCAUGGUAAAUGUAGUGUUUCAUCAGUAUGUACUGGACAUGAGUUGGGCUCACGCCUGCAACUUCAAAAUCAGUGUCAUCCUUAGUUCAAGUGGGAAUUUCCUACUUGGCUAAUGGUUAGGAGUUUGGUAUCUCCUGUGGGAGACCAGGGUUCAGACCUUGAUGUACAGCAUGAUAUUGUGUUCUCAGUGUCUUACGCUGCAUCAUGCUGAGAGGAAUAUUAGGGAGAGGCUCUGUUGUUACUACUAUACAGGUCACUGUGAUGUUGCUGCCAAACCUACAUACAGUACAUGUCCGGAGAGGAAUACUAGGGAGAGUUCUUGGCUUAAGCAUCUGUUUGGCUAUGUGAGUGCCCGUGUGUGGUCGGCUUGUGACAUGGCACCCCUCUUCUGAUCGAGCAUGAGCCCCCUUCUCUCUAUCUCACCCUUUUCUUCUGUUUCUCUCUGUACUUGCCUGUCUCAAUAUGGUCUCUUUCAAUACUAUUACGCAAAACCAGAGGGAAACCAUAGGGAGACUAUUUUUACAAUGGAAUUUGACUUGUUAUUUAUUACCCUGGUUCUUAACAUGAGUGUAGGUGAAUGGGAGUGGGAUGUCUGGUGGUUUGAAGGUUUGUAAUACGGCUUCUAUCACUUUGAUCAUUCUCCCUGUCACUCUCUGCUUUGUUUCCGUCGUCCCUGUUCACACCGCCCCUACUCCUUGAUGUUUUUGCAGUGGUUUUUGUAUCUAAAUCAAUAUUUAGUGUUUAGACUGUUGCUCAACCUCUCUGUGAUAUCAAAACGAAAGAAAAAAAUAAUAAAAAUAACACCAAGUGUCUUAAAAAUAUUGUAUCGCCAUCGUUUUUAAUGCCAAGUACUACUUGUAAAUGUUUGUGUUUCAAAUGUGGCCUCAAAUGAAACUUUAUUCUAAAAUGAUUAUUAUUAUUAUUUUUUGAAAAAUGAUUUCAGUUAUUUGAACAAGUGCUGUAGACCACUGCUGUGAAAGUAGUAAAUUCUGUUCAUUGAUAUGUAAUAAAUAUUUAUGAAAUUUGAACACA